GGAUUGAGUGGGACAAACUUCUGGAGAAUGUGCAUUGUUUGAUCAUAAGUGUGACAAAAACUGACAAGCAGGAAGCUUAUGUACUCAGUGAGAGUAGCAUGUUUGUCUCCAAGAGACGUUUCAUUUUGAAGACGUGUGGUACCACCCUCUUACUGCAAGCACUGGUUCCCCUGUUGGAGCUUGCUAGGGAGUACAGUGGGUUUGACUCAAUUCAGAGCUUCUUUUAUUCACGUAAGAAUUUCAUGAAGCCUUCCCACCAGGAGUACCCACAUAGGAAUUUCCAGGAAGAAGUGGAGUUUCUUAAUGAAAUUUUCCCAAAUGGAGCAGCUUAUUGCAUGGGGCGUAUGAAUUCUGAUUGCUGGUACCUGUACACCCUGGAUUUCCCAGAGAGUCGGAUAUCCAAUCAGCCUGAUCAGACACUGGAAAUUCUGAUGAGUGAGCUUGACCCAGUAGUUAUGGACCAGUUCUACAUGAAAGAUGGUGUUACUGCAAAUGAUGUCACUCGUAUGAGUGGAAUUCGUGACCUGAUACCAGGUUCUGUUAUUGAUGCUACAAUGUUCAAUCCUUGUGGGUAUUCAAUGAAUGGGAUGAAAUCGGAUGGAACUUACUGGACUAUUCACAUCACUCCAGAACCAGAGUUUUCUUACGUUAGUUUUGAAACAAACAUAAGUCAGACCUCGUAUGAUGACCUGAUUAGGAAAGUUGUAGAGGUUUUCAAGCCAGGAAAAUUUGUGACAACUCUCUUUGUUAAUCAGAGCUCUAAAUGUCGUACAGUGUUUUCUUCUGCCCAGAAGAUUGAAGGGUUUAAACGUCUUGAUCACCAGAUUGCCCAAUUCAGUGAUUAUAAUUUUGUUUUUACCAGUUUCACAAAAAAUCGCCAGCAACAGCACAGUUGAUUAAGAAUGAAGAAAAAACGCAAAAAGAAAUCCCAUAUAGAAGGUGGUGGUUGCUUUCUAGUUAAUGAUUCAGGGGGCCAUGCUUUCCACUCCCACCACCUUGUAGUUGUGGAAAGCCCUAGGUGUAAUCAUAGUAUAACCAUUUUAAAUUGUAUGCAUUAUUAUAUCAAGGAGUUAGAUAUCUUGCAUGAAUGCUCUCUUCUGUGUUUAGGUACUCUAUGCCACUCUUGCUGUGAAAUUGAAGUGCAUGUAGAAAAAUCUUACUGUAUGAAACUUUACAACACUUGUAAAAAUGAUUCAGGUAGAAUUACACACAGUAUAGUUUUUCUCCAGGUAUCACCAAAAAUUCCCCACAGACAAGGCUUUCGUCCUCAUUAGACUUUAGCCUGAACCUACUCUCUCUGGGGACGGUUCUCUGUUAAAUUUUCACUUUUUCAUCUUGUGAUUUCAGUCUAAAACAAUUUUUGACAAACUUAGGAUUUCUAAUGAAACUGAUUCCUAAUUAACACUUUCAAGUUUGGAGGAAGUUCUUAAAACAGUUACAAAUUGUUUUGCUAUCACAGGUGGUGGUUGAUUUAUUUUUUUAAUCGGACUGACUUUUCAUGCUCUACUCAAGCUUAUAGCAGUUUGCUCAGUGAUACCAUAGGCUGAGCUAAUGUAUUGGUCUUUCACCAUUAGAAACUUGUGUAUCAGUACUAAUGCAGGUUACAUUUCAUCUUACCUUAAUGCUCGUUUAUCUGUCCACAUCCCCAACCUGUCACACUGCUAUGCAAUGGCAGAAUUUGAAGAUGGUUCAAGACUUGAUUGAGGAACAGCUGAGUCAGGAUGCAAGAGCUUUGGCAUAGUUGUGUGACAGCUUUGCAAAGUGCAAGUUCGUAUUGGCACCCGACACUUUCUUUCCUAAUUGCCAGUUAUGUCGGACUGAGAAGCUGGUGCUCCUGAGCGCUGGCAGGUAGAUCAGUGAAGGAGUGGAAUGUGCCAGGCUGGGUGUGUUGAAUGGUUUGGAUUAUCUUGGCAAAACCUGUGACCUACCACUUCUGACUGUAGAGUGCAUCUCAACUGGUCCAGUGUCACUUCAUUUUGUUGUUCCAAGCAAAGCUAAUGCCUCUGUCUCGUGACAGUCCUGUGACAUUGUUGUGCAUGUGACUUCUGUUGUAUUUGAGUGUUGUGACUUCAUCUGUUUUUUCCUCCUAAUUACUAAGGUGGUUCCUCUUACUGUGACUUGAGGGCAUUAAGUGAAGGCAUAGAACAAGAACUGUCUGGGACACCUGGACAGAAGUGAAGUAGAAAGCUAUUCAUAGAGCAUGAAUAAGUGUGUAAUUCAAAGUCACUUUAAUGGAUGGGUAUUGACUAAAAUGAAGGCUUUAAAGAGCUGGCACACUUUCAGCUAUGUUUGCAAAUACUGGGAUUCUAACAGCUGUGAGACCAGCAUGUUAACUACAAAAUUGAUAUUUUUUUUUUCCCUUCUUGUCCUUGCAAUAUUUUGACUCUCUGGUUUGACGCAAUGGUUUUUUGUUCCUUCUGUAUUUAUAAAUGAAGCACUUUUUUAGUGCUUCUGAACUGAAGUCUGCUUGGUUAGAAAUCAAGUGGCUGGAACAUUUUUGAAUUUAUUAUUUUGAGCAUAUUGUUGAUGUUCUUUACCAAUGUUAACAAUUACAUGCUGUAAAUGGCACUAAUGCUUUUUGGUGUUAAUACUGAGGACCAAUAUUUGAGUGUGUUUCUUGUUCUUAAGCAUUGUCCCAUUGAGGUCCUUUAAGUAGACUGAAGAUCCCUUUUCAAGUAAUACUGAAAUACACAUUUUACAAAUGGAAGCAUAAGCCUCGGCUAUAAAAGUGAAAGCUGUUGAAUGGGUUACUGAACUAUCUAGGGUGAUCAGGAUGGGGGGAGUAUGGUGUUUAUAAUUUCUGUGGUGUUAGACUUGGAUCAUUUAAAAAUAUCUGUACCACAACUUAAUGCUUCAAUAAAAGUUCGCUUCAAUUGUUUGUAGUGAUGGUCCA